AUGUCAAGCCCAUAUACAAUUCACACGUCAACUCUAUUCGACCCAAAGAAGAAGGCAUUUUUGACAAAUAUUUCGGUGACCGUCGAUCCAAAGACGGGAUUAAUAGUCGAUGUAUAUGAAAGAACAGAGUCAGACUCUCUGAAAAAUGGUGCCGCUGAAGGUGAUGUCGAUCUGCGAGGCAAGGUGGUGAUGCCCGGUUUGGUGGAUGCUCACACUCAUAUUUUCCUUCAUUCCUACGACGAGCGCCCAUCUUUGAUCCAGAAGCGCGACGAAAGCAUUCCUGAGCGGAUUAUUCGUGCGACACACCACGUGCGUACAGCACUCCUUGCGGGAUGUACCACCUAUCGUGAUCUGAGUUCCGAGUCAAUGGGAGAGAUGGAUGCUCAGAUUCGAGACUGCAUCAACCGCGGCCUUAUCCCCGGGCCACGUCUUUUCGUUGCAACCCGAGCACUGGCCAGCACGGGUUCAUAUGAGAUGCGAACUGAGAACCACGCGAACGGGGUCUGCUAUCCACGAGGAGGCGAAGCAGUCGACGGCGUCGACGAGAUACGAACAGCUGUGAGACGACGCAUUGCCGCUGGCGCCGAUGUGAUCAAGUUCUUCGCCGACUACCGACGACGAAUCAUGCGCUACCCUCCUGCUCAGCAGCAUCCAUACAUCCCCAGUCCCACCCAUCCGCCGAAAGACCCCAAUCCAGACUAUCUCGUCUUCCACCAAGAAGAGAUCGACGCGCUCGUCAAGGAGGCCAAUCUCGCGGACGUGCCGGUCGUCUGCCACGCUGGGACGAUCGAGGGCGCCGAGAUGGCCAUCAGAGCUGGUGUCGUCUCUAUCGAGCACGCAUACUAUGCGAACGAGGCGCUCUUCAAGCAGAUGCGCGACAAAGGCACGAUCUUCGUCCCGACCCUGGCCAUCUGCGAGCGCGUCCACGCCAAACGCUUCAACGAGAUCAUGGAGCAGUCCAAAAUCGCGCAUAAGCUCGGCGUGCGCUUCGCCGUCGGUGGAGACACCGGCACCUACCCCCACGGCCAGUCAACGCGCGAGCUGGAACUUUUGCGCGAGGUCGGCCUGUCGUGGGAAGAAGUGCUCGAGGCGUGUACGGUGGGCGGUUGGGAGGCGUGUGGGGGCGACCGGAGUGGGAUGCGUUUCGGCUGGUUUGAGAAAGGCUGUCGUGCAGAUAUCAUUGCCGUCAAUGAGGAUCCUCGCGAGAAUCCUCGGGCGCUGAGGAGGGUGGAUUUUGUCAUGAAAGAUGGUGUGGUUUGGAAGCGGGAUGGCAAGGCCGUCGGCAUGGUCUCUGAUGACCAUCAAUGGGACAGGUAA